AUGGAUAAGGAGAAAUCUCCUGCACCUCCAAGUGGAGGUCUUCCUCCUCCAUCAGGUCGUUACUCUGCGUUUUCACCAAACGGAAGUGGCUUCGCUAUGAAACCUGAAUCAUCAUCGUUUCCUCACUUGACUCCAACUGGAAGCAGCUCAGACGCUAACCGAUUCAGCCACGAUAUAAGCCGGAUGCCGGAUAAUCCACCUAAGAAUAUAGGCCAUCGCCGAGCUCACUCAGAGAUCCUCACUCUUCCCGAUGACUUGAGCUUUGAUAGUGAUCUUGGCGUGGUCGGUGCUGCUGAUGGACCUUCUUUCUCUGACGAGACUGAUGAGGACUUACUGUAUAUGUAUCUUGAUAUGGAGAAAUUCAAUUCUUCGGCAACGUCUUCGUCUCAAAUGGGUGACCCAUCGGAACCUGCUUGGAGGAAUGAGUUAGGCUCGAAUUCUAAUUCUAAUCUUCAGAGUACCUCUAGUGAAAGACCGAGGAUCAGGCACCAACACAGCCAAUCGAUGGACGGUUCAACAAGUAUCAAGCCUGAGAUGCUUAUGUCGGGGAAUGAAGAUGUCUCUGGAGUUGACUCUAAGAAAGCCAUCUCUGCUGCUAAGCUUUCUGAGCUUGCUCUCAUUGAUCCGAAACGUGCUAAAAGGAUAUGGGCAAACAGGCAGUCUGCUGCGAGGUCGAAAGAAAGGAAAAUGAGAUACAUAGCAGAGCUCGAGAGAAAAGUUCAGACUUUACAAACAGAAGCAACGUCUCUCUCAGCCCAGUUGACUCUGUUACAGAGAGAUACAAAUGGCCUUAGUGUUGAAAACAAUGAGCUGAAACUGCGAGUACAAACAAUGGAGCAACAGGUUCACCUGCAGGAUGCAUUAAAUGAUGCACUGAAAGAGGAAGUCCAGCAUCUUAAGGUAGCGACGGGGCAAGGUGCUUCAAAUGGUGCAUCAAUGAUGAAUUAUGGUUCUUUUGGAUCGAACCAGCAAUUUUAUCCCAAUAAUCAGUCGAUGCACACUAUCCAGCAGUUCCAGCUGCUCCAAAUUCAUUCACAGAAACAACAACAGCAGCAACUACAACACCAACAACAACAGCAGCAGCAAUUUCAGUAUCAGCAGCAGCAGCAAUUGUAUCUGCUUCAGCAGCAGCAGCAGCAGCAGCGGCUUCAACAGCAGGAACAACAAAGCGGGUCCUUGGAGCUGAGAAGGCCCAUGUCUUCUUCGGGUCAAAAAGAGAGUGUGACAUCACCUGAUCUCGAGGCUCCCUCAAAAGACUGA